CAUGUUGAAUUAAAAUUUAAAAUCUUAAAUGUUAUCCGUUUUUGUGCAACAUUUGUUAAAACAAACAUGUUAAAAAUUGUGGUUAAAUGCAUUUUUUUUAAAUCAUACUUUUUAAUUUUAAGUGUUUGUAAUGUGUGACAAAGACUGAUACUAAAAUGGUUUUGCUCAUACCUAAUUCCUUCUUGUUUUUCACAAUGUGAUAUUUAAGGAAUUGCAUUGAAUCCAAUGCGGGUCAAUUUGACCCGCUCCAUCAAAAUCGUCACAAAAAUCGAACACAAUACAAGGGUUAAAGAACAAAAGGAGGCGGAUCACAUUCUUGUUUGCAGUUAAGUGGAAAUACCUGUAAUAUCACCAUAGUACUGAGAGAAGGUAAAACUAAAAUGAUGAACAUCAACCGUAACGCACUGAACUAGAGAAGUCUUUCAACAACAGCAUAUUUCAUUUCAUAGUCAUUGUAAAGAGGAAAGUGAACAACGCUGAUAUUUACUCACAGUGAUGUCAUCCUCCAGUGAUCCAGUCACUGCGGAGCUUCUGUGUUCAGUCUGUCUCGAUGUGUUCAAUGAUCCAGUCACCACCCCAUGUGGACACAACUUCUGCAAGAUCUGCCUAAAUACACAUUGGAGCAACAGUCCGGACGGCAGAUGUCCAAACUGUAAUAAAACAUUUAACCAGAGACCUAAACUCAAGAUUAAUACAACACUCAGAAAUCUUGUGGAUCAAAAUAAGAAGAAAACUGCAGAGAAACAACCUGAAUGUCUCUGUGACGUCUGUAAGGAAGUAAAGCUGAAGGCUUUGAAGUCCUGUCUGCUAUUGGCGGAGAUAGAUGAGAAGCAGAAAUCAGCAGAGAAACAGUAUGAAGUUCUCAUUAAAGAUCUGGAGCAGAAGAUCACUGUGCUGAAGAGAAGAAACACUGAGCUGAAGAAGAUCACAAAAACUAAAGAAAAGCAUCUACGCCUCAUACAGAUCUUGCUGAUUGUGAUUAUCAUGUCUGUGGGAAUCAUUCUGUUUAUUUCUUUCACCAAUGUUCAGACUCUCAAUAUUGAGAAACUCAGUGGAACUGUGUUGAAGAGCAUCCAGCAGUAUGCAGUGGAUGUGUCUCUGGAUCCUGAUACAGCAAAUCCAUAUCUCAUCCUGUCUGAUGAUAAAAAACAAGUGAAACAUGGAGGCUUUAGUUUAUGGAGGCCUUUUCUCCCAGACAACUCAAAGAGAUUUGUCCUGGGAAAGCAGGGAUUCUCAUCAGGUCGAUUUUAUUAUGAGGUUCAGGUGAAGGGAAAGAGUGAAUGGACUUUAGGUGUGGCCAGAGAAUCUGUUAACAGAAAGGAAAAGAUCACACUGACACCAACGAAUGGAUUCUGGACUGUGACUAUGAGGAAUGUAAAUGAUUAUAAAGCUUGUUCUGGUCCUGAUGUCUCUCUGUGUCUGUGUGUGAGUCCACAGAAAGUGGGUGUGUUUGUGGAUUAUGAGGAGGGUUUGGUCUCCUUUUAUGAUGUGGCGUUCAGAUCUCAUAUCUACUCUUUCACUGAUCAAUCUUUCAAUGAGAAACUCUAUCCAUAUUUUAACCCAGGUUCAAAUAAUUGGGGUUGGAACGCAGAGCCACUGAUUAUCACACCUGUCAAAAACAAUUAAGAUUUACCAGCCAUAUAUGAAAUAGUACAAAAUAAUGCAGUACUUCUGGUAAUUUAAAAUAUAAAAUCAAAAAUAUGUACAUCCUGUUUUUCAUAGAAAGACCAUUUUUUAUGUCAGUUGAUGUCAUUAUAAUUCAGAUUUUUAAAUGUAACAAUGUUUUAUUGUAUAUUGUUUAGAGUCAUAGUCAUCCAUUUAAAUAGUUAAAAUAUAAAAAUCUUCAUUUGGGUAAAAUG